AUGAAUCCCAGUACGAAGCAGAAGCAAGAAGGACUUCAAGAGAAUUUAAAGAAUAGUCCUAUCCCAAGAAGAACUCUGAAGAUGAUUCAGCAUUCAGUAGCCGGAUCUCUUGUUGGAAGAGAAUGUGAGUUGGCUAAAGGCUUAUCCAAAAAGAAACCUGGAAAUGGCCAGUUAACAUCUAAGACUUCCAGCUCUGACGGGAUUAUUGGGCCCGAAAAUAAAAAUCUUGGAGGAGUCACUCAAGAAGCAUUUGAUCUCAUGAUUAAAGAAAAUCCAUCUUCUCAAUAUUGGAAAGAAGUAGCAGAAAAACGGAGGAAGGCUCUCUAUGACACACUUAAGGAAAAUGAGAAACUUCAUAAAGAAAUUGAGGAAAAGGACAAUGAAAUUGCCCGCCUGAAAAAAGAGAAUAAAGAAUUGGCAGAAGUGGCAGAACAUGUACAGUAUAUGGCAGAGGUGAUAGAGAGACUGACUCAUGAACCUCUGGAUAACUAUGAAUCAUCGGAUAGUCAGGAUUUUGAGUCUGAAGAGGAAACUGGUGAAGAUUCUGCAGUGGAAGACUCAGAAAUUGGCACAUGUGCUGAAGAAAUUGUAUCUUCCUCUACAGAUGCUAAACCGUGUAUAUGA